AUGUUAGAAAAAAAGUUUGCUGACAUUGACAAGAAAUUUGAGAAUGUUUUAAACAAGAACAAGAGGAAGUUAGAAAAUGCUCAGAUAAAACCUAUACAUGACAAGUUCUUAUUUGCUCAGAAUGGUAUAACAGGUCUAAUUGCACCACCUGGGUCGGGUAAGACUUUCACUUAUCUUAAAAUGGCUGCACAACAACAAGAACUAGAUGAGAAGAACCCAUUCUAUGAGUUAGUAGUCAUUUGUAGUACUUCUGGUCAAUUUGACCAAACCGUCAAUUCGUUCAAAGAUAUUAUAAAGAAGUCUAAGUUAGUAUGUAUAAAAGACUCUGAGUUGUUAGAUUGGAUAAAGAAGUACCAA